UUAUUUGAAUUUUGUCAAUUCUUUGUGUCGAUAAUCAAUCAUUAGUGACGGAGUAGGAAAAAAAAAUGUCACAAUCAUCAAGUUUUAAUAGUUCCCAAUUAAUGGGCGGUUAUGAUUCAUCAUUUGCCAUGGAUUCACCCGUUGCAUAUCAACGGAAUUUUUCAAAAUUUUCAAAGCUUGCCGAUCGAUCUCGUACUUUGUUCAAUGAUGAUAAUUUUUCAUCAUCAUUGGCUGCUAUCAAUGAAACACCAACAUUAAAUCAAUCAAAUAAAUCGACCGAUUUUCAUCAUCAAUCUAUGAAUAUAACAUCACAAUCACCAAUAUCUACAAAUAAAUUGAUGAAUAUAUCGACAACAAAUGCAACUAUACAAUAUUCAAGGAAUAAUUUAGAUGAUCAACAUAUUACUGAAGAUGAAAUGGCUCGUUUAGCAAUAUUUGAAUCAUUUUUUGAAUUGAAUCAAAAAUUUCUACCACCAUUAGAUUUACAACAUUCACCAACACAACAUUCUUCGAUCACUAAUGUAUUUUCAAUGAUGGAUCAAUUUCAACAAACAUGUGAAGAUAAUCUAUUAGUUACACAACGAUUGUUGGAAAAUAAGAAUCAACAUUCAGAAUAUCAACUAAAUUAUCUAAAUAAAUUCUGCCAAUUAAUACGAUUAGAACGUAAUAUUUGGUGCCUUUUAAAAGUAUUACUUGGUGAUCGUUUCACGGCUACAAUGGUAAUAAAUGGUGAUCAUCAACGAAAUCUUUUGGCUGCUGCUGCUGGUGGUGGUGGUGGUGGUGAACAGAAUAAUCAAUCAAUAAUGGAUAUGGAAAUUGAAGAAGAUAUGCGUCUCCGUUUAAAUGAUUCAGAAUUAGUUGAACGUGCUAUGGAAAAGAAUUCAAUGUUACGUGAAAUGCAAAUCAUAAUCGAUUGGCUUGAAUCAAUGUAUGAAGAUGAAGAUGGAAAAUCAUUGGAAAAAAUGGAUUUCUAUUCCGAUGGUCCUGGAUAUUGGGAGAAUACAUUACAUCAAUUGAAAAUGUCUAAACAGCGUAGUAUGUCUAUGUCAACUGGAAAAAAUGCCCGAAUUUUGUGCACAGAAAUGGAUCCAGAUGCACCGAUUCGAAACGGCCAGCCAUUACAUGAUCUAGAUAAAGAGGAUGAAAAUCGUCUUUUUCAUCAUCUUUUCAAAUUAAUUCGAUCAGGGCGGCUACCCGAAGCAAAAGAAAUUGCCGAACGUUUUGGUUAUUUUUGGCUAUCAGCUGCAUUGGAAGGUUGGAUUUUUCAUAAUGAUCCAAAUUAUAAUGAAAAAAAUGAUCAAUCAGAUGAACAACAAGAACAAUCAAUGAUAAUGUCAUCAUUAUCACCGAAUAGUCGAAUAUCGAUGGCUACACAAUUUUCAUCCACCGUAAAACAAUUGUCACCAAUUGAAGGUAAUCCAUAUCGUGAUCUAUGGAAACAUUCAUCAUGGAAAUGUUCAAAAAUGGAUGGCACUAAUCUUUAUGAACGAGCAAUAUUUGCCAUAUUCAGUGGAAAUCGUUCUGUAUUGAUGCCAUUAUGUAAUAAAUGGAUGGAUAAAUUAUGGGCAUAUUUUAAAUGUUCACUUGAUGUACAUUUUGAAAAUUUAUUGAUUGAUACAAAUAUUUCCAAACCAGAUAUGCAACCAAGAAGUAAUAUUGAAUUACCCGAUUCUUAUUGGGAUAAUCGUCUUACACCGGAAGAAAUUUUUCGUGAAUUAGAAACACAAUUUAGUUUACAAACAUCAUCAUUUAUUACAAGAUUAGAAGAAGAAUGUUAUCGUGCCGUUGUUAAAGAUGUUAUAAUGGCCAAUAUUGAUUCACUUGUUGAUCAUCUGUAUGAAUGGUCUAAAACAAUACAAACAAAUCGAGAAUCACGAACAAAAAUGAUUGCCGAUCAAAUAUCACGAUCAUCAUGGAAUAAACUGCGAGAUAUGGAAGAAGAAUUAAUGGUUAAAAUUAUUGAACCAAAUCUAUUACGAUUGUUUGCACAUAUUGUCAUCUGUUUGAAAGAAUUGAACCUUAUCAAUGUUGAACGUCAUUCAACAUUAUGUGUAGAAAUUCUAGAGAUUUAUAUUGGAUUUUUAAUCGAAUAUAAACUAGUAGAAUUGAUUGCAUUCUAUACAAGCUUUUUACCUGAAACUAAACAGGUUCGAACAUUUGCAACAUUAUUGGAAACAAUUGAUGAUGAAUCUGAUCGUCGUUUAUGUUUGAUAAUUGCUAAAAAUGCUAAAUUGAAUAUAUCGGCUAUUCUUACAUUGGUUAUAGAAAAUAUUCGAUUGAAUCGAACGGGAUAUCAAUUGAUGAAUGCAAGAUUAAUACCAUUCGCUAAUUUUGGCCAUCUUGCAGCUGAUAAUAAUAUGAGAAACAAUAAUGGUAGUGUGGAUGGUACAAAAUCAAAAAUGGCAACAUUAUUAUCGAACACGGUUACUGAAAAUGAUAUUCGAAAAAUUUAUGCAUUAGAUUGGCUAUUAUUGGAUGGUGAUAGUCCACAAUAUCUAGAAUUAUUAUGGCAAGCAAAUGCAUUGAUCAGAAAUUUUUUAUUGGAACAAAAAAUUGAUUUAGCAUGUGAAACAUAUAAUAAAUUACCAUCGAAUAUUGUAAACGAAUCAUAUCAAGAAUGGAAAUCAUCCAAUAAUUUUGAUUGUGGUUUUGAUAUUGAAAAUGUUAUACGUGAAUAUCUUUGUCAUUCAUCUUAUUUUGAUGCUAGUGAAGCAUUUAAAAAAUGGCAUCAUUUUCUCUAUACAACAAAACCACGUGAACCAACUAAACCGAAAACACCAAUUAAUCGUAUUGCCGAUCGUGUACUUUAUGAGCAACGGAAAAAACAAUAUGAACAGGAAAUUGAAAUAUGGCGUAAUCAACUUGUGGUUCAAGCUUCAAAUACAACGAAAAAAUUACUUGCUUUUCUUUGCUUUCCCAAUGGUAUAUGGUUGGAUGUUGUUGAUUCGAAUCUAAUGCAAGAGAUUGAUAUGAAUCAUGAUCAUUUAGCAAUGGGUACAAAUGAUCGUCAUCCAAUUUCGAUUGCUGAAGCAACUGUUGAUGAAGAAGCACCAUCAGUUUUAUCCACAGAAUUUGUUAUCGCUGAAAAUGAUCAACAACAAAUGCAACCAGAUGCCGAUCAUGAUGACGAUGAUGUAGAUUUAUUGAUGACACUCAAUAGUCAUCUUGGUAUGGGUAUGGAUAAAGAACAUGAAUUAGUCAUUCGACAACAAUUGGAACGUAAACGAAAUGAAUGGCAAAAUUGUCGACCAGGACAAAUGGAUGGUAUACGACGAAUCUAUUUACCACAAUUCUGUUUUCUAUUACAUUCAGUAUACCGUGAUUCAGGUGAUCAUCAACAAUGUUUACGUGUAGCAGAUUUAGUUGCUGAUGAAAAUCAACGUUUACAUACGACAUUUACACAGGAACAAUUAUCCGAUUUUCUUGCAUUGAUACGUGAAUCAGCCAUAAAAAUUCUUGAUCAUAAAUCCGAUCCAUUUGGUUGUGAUUCUGAUCAUCAUCAUCAUUGAUUAAUUGAUUAUCGAUAUUUUUAUUAAUUGUCAAACAAAUUG